AUGUCCGACCUCCUCGAAGUCCUUCCUGAUUUCGACAUCAAGCCGUACACGCAUCUCUUGCACUCGCUCGAGAAGAACGACAUCACCGUCGCCGAUCUACUCACAUCCGAUCCCAAGGAGAUCGCGAGAACAUGUCCUCUACCGUCGGUGGACGUCCAAAAACUCGUCACGGACGUCGUCCAAGCGCUGCAGGCUGACGUGGCGGCUAAUGUGAAAAAGAUAGGCCAGGACACGUCUCAGCCCGAGGUAGGCGCCGGAGAUGAUGCUGGUGGACCGAGCAAUGAAGCGGCGGAAUCGCACAAGGGCAGUUUGAGGGUGAAGACACUCGACCCAGCCAUUGAUCGAGCACUGGUCGGUGGGUUUGCACCAGGACACAUUACGGAGAUCGUUGGCGAGAGCGCUGUUGGGAAGACCCAGUUAGUCCUGGGCCUGCUGCUGUCGGUCCAACUGCCUCCUCCCCGAGGCUUGGGCAAGGGGGCCAUCUACGUGUCGACCGAGGCGCCGCUCAACACCAGCCGACUCAAACAAAUGCUCUAUGCCCAUCCGGAGUACGAAAGCAUGGAGCCUCAAGACCGUCCGUCUCUAGACUUUGUGCAUACCAUUGCGACCAACGACCUCGAGGCCCAGGAACACAUUCUUCGCUACCAGCUGCCCGUGGCGGUAGAGCGAUUCAACAUCGGGCUGGUGGUGUUGGAUUCGGUGGCAGCCAACUUCCGAGCCGAACACGAAACUCGAACCCCAGCAGGUCUGGCCGAGAGGGCCGUGGAGCUGGGCAAGCUGGCAACGAUGCUCAGACGCGUAGCCAUUCAAAACAACACCGCUAUCGUGGUGACCAACCAAGUGUCGGAUCGGUUCGAGGACCAGCGAAACAUAGGACGGCCCUCUUCCUCGUCUCCUGCUACGAGGUCCUCACCAGCUUUGUCAGGCCCCAACGUCGAAGUUUCCCCUGCUGUCGCCGAGCGACGCCAAGAAGUACAGAGUCUGGACUACCAGCAGCAGUUCUUCACGGGUUGGGGCGACGACCCUCACGAAAGGCGCGGACAGUACAAAAACCCGGCUCUGGGUUUGGCGUGGGCCAACCAGAUCUCUGCUCGCAUCGUCCUUAAGAUGGAAGGCGAGAGGCAAGAAUAUGCCGGAGGGAACAUCUGGCGGGACCGCAAGAAGAGCAGGACGUUUGCCGUGGUGUUUGCACCGUGGGCGCCGCAGACAUACCCUCCUAUUCGAUACGAAAUUGGCAUGCCGGGCAUUGUUUCUCUUCCCGAGCCUGAACCUGCGAAAGUGACAACCACGUUGGACGAUGAACAUGCGGAUCUUUUGAAUGAGGAACUGUGGGCUACGGAUGAAGACGACGAAUUUCCAUAA